GCUGGAGACCGCCUUCUUCUCUCCUCCCCGAAAACUAACCUUUCCCCAAUCCAACCAAGAACCAACCCUAGCCGCGCCGCCACCAACCCGGUCCGGUGGUACAUGACCCACCCCUCGUCCUCCUCCACCUCCGCCCCGGCGGCGGCGGAGGCCACCUCCCUCGCCCCGGGCUUCCGCUUCCACCCCACGGACGAGGAGCUCGUCUCCUACUACCUCAAGCGCAAGGUCCUAGGCCGCCCGCUCAAGGUCGACGCCAUCGCCGAGGUCGACCUCUACAAGCUCGAGCCAUGGGACCUCCCCGCCCGCUCCCGCCUCCGCUCCCGCGACUCCCAGUGGUACUUCUUCAGCCGCCUCGACCGCAAGCACGCCAACCGCGCCCGCACCAACCGCGCCACCGCCGGAGGCUACUGGAAGACCACCGGCAAGGACAGGGAGGUGCGCCAUGGCCCCAGGCUCGUCGGGAUGAAGAAGACGCUCGUCUUCCACGCCGGACGCGCACCCAAGGGCGAGCGCACCAACUGGGUCAUGCACGAGUACCGCCUCGAGGCCGAAGAUGCCUCGGGGAUCCAGCAGGAUUCCUUUGUGCUGUGCCGGAUCUUCCAGAAAGCUGGCCCGGGUCCACAGAAUGGGGCACAGUAUGGAGCACCCUUCGUCGAGGAGGAGUGGGAGGAGGAUGAGGAAGAUGUUGGUUUGCUUCCAGUGGGGGGAGAUUCCGUUGCUGACCAUGAGGUUCCGGCUCCUGUGGAAAUUCCUGGUGCAAUGGAGAAAGGCUAUCUUCAAAUGAGUGAUCUCAUUCAGAGUUUUGGUGAUCAAAAUGGGAAUGGUACUAUUGGUUUGCCAGUUUCUGAUACUUCAAAUAACGGCAAUCACUCUGAAGAUGCAGAUGGAAAUUCUGGGGAUAUUUUAAGUGACCCAAACCUUGGCUCUAAUUUUCUUCAGUAUAUUGACCCUGGAGAACAAAAUAGCAUAAUGCUUAAUGAAAAUAUGUUAUCUAAUGCCAAUGCUGGAGAUUUUUUUAAUAGUUCCAGCUCCAGUGAUGGAUUCCUAGAGCUGAAGGAUUUCGCAGAUGCUGCAAAUCUGGAGUGCCCUUUAGGCAAUGGCUCCACUAUCUGGCCUUCGGAUGGUUGGGCCUGGAAGACACUUGACUCUUUGGAGGCUGUCAAUGGGGUUAACAAUAAGAUUCCUCUGCUCCCUGAUGACCAGAUUUUCCAGUCAGAUGAAUUGGAACAGUUGUUGCAGUCAAUACAAGAAGAUUCCCAUAUGGACUCAAGUAUCAUUGAUCCCCCACAUUCUUCUAUAACAAAUUCAGUUAUGCCAGAGGAUGAUUCUGCGCUGUUCUAUGAUGCGCCCUUUGAUUCCACCAUAUGUGAUGACGGGUUUAGACAGCUGAAUGAAAUUCUUGGUUCACCAGCAACCAAUCUAUCUGGUAUUGGCAUGGUGGACGAUGGUAUGCCAUACUAUGAUGCAAUGGAUGAUACUUUAUAUAAUGAUAUUCUGGGCCCCAUACAGCAGCCAGCUGGUAGCAGUUCCCACGCUUUUAAUGGUCCAGUCCUUACCCAAGAGGUCAACAAUACCACCUAUACAUAUAGUCCAUCUCAAAAGGUUUUAGAACCUAAUUUUGUAGUUGGUGCCCCACCAUCUGCUAGGUUAUCUGAAGCUGGUAGUCAGUUAAAUUGUGUUGUUUUACCAGAUGAGGCUAAGAGUAGUUCUAUCGGAAAGAGAUUUGUAAAGAUGUUGGAUUCAAUCUCCGCUCCCCCUGCUUUUGCAGCGGAGUUCCCGGCUAACCUCCGCAAAUCCUUGGCUCCUAUUUCUGGAGCACGCCCCAACACCUUCCAUGUUUCUGCUGAAGUGAUCAGUAUAGGAAGUUUAGCUGUUGCUUCUCGCCCAGACAAGUGGUCCCUGCAAAAGGAUCAAGGCAUGGAGCUGCUCUUCUCCACAGGUUUUGAGCCUGAUACCCGUAUACCCUGCGGCUGCAACACCAUAACCACAGUACUGCGCAGUGGCUUCUGCCUCUUCUUCUUUUCAGCAAUAAUGCUCUUAGUGAGCUACGAGGUGGGCAUGUGCAUAUAUGGCAAGUAGCCUGGUAUUGGAGUAAUAUAAAUUAUGACGUUAGGUUAAUCCUUCAUGUGUUUGAGGCAGACUGAACUGGGGCCUCCUGCUAGCUUAAGUGUAUUGCAUUGCAUGACAUGGCCUGUGUGCGUUAAAAGCUGGGGCUAUUUAGCACUAGCAGUACCGUUUUGCAGCUCGAGAGCUAAUGGUGUAUGUAUGAAUCCCUCCAGUGCUAUUAGUAAUAGCUAUGCGAAUUGCUUCUCGUCAGUUCAUGAUGA